UGCCCCCCGCCAUUCAAAGCCCGGCCGGCCUGCUCAACCCCUGAGUACAAUGGCGAGAUAGUACAAGGACCCACGACUGGCAGAGCUGCGUUGCUUCAGUCACUUAUAUAGUCACAGCCUCAUUCUCACCUGUCGGACCAUUCCAUUCCUUCCUCACCAGCUCUCACCUCCCAAUUCUUCUCCUCAGUCUCAAUCAAUACCCAUCAGUUGCCUCGUCGAUCUUUCUUCAUCCUCAAUCAUUUCUCUUCGUGGGCUACACUUCCCACAAUGGACAUUCUAGAGUUGGUGCACGAUGAUCAGCGAGCAGAAGACCGCCCCUUCGAGUGCGGAGAGAGUGGGUGUAGCAAGGCUUUCUCGAGGCGGAGUGAUCUUGCAAGGCAUCAACGCAUUCACUCACAAGAGAGGCCAUUCCAAUGCCCGUACAGCGCAUGUGGUAAAACCUUCAUCCAGCGUUCGGCACUUACAGUGCACCUGAGGAUACACACUGGAGAGCGGCCUCAUGUCUGUGAAGUCUGCUCCAAGUCAUUCAGCGACUCUUCUUCCCUCGCAAGGCACCGAAGGAUCCACACAGGCAGGCGGCCCUACCGAUGCGACACAUGCUCCAAGACUUACUGUCGACGCGUCACGCUCAACAGACACGUGCAGCGGGCCCACGGCACGGUGCUCAAGAAGAAGAGUAUUCGCGGUUCCAACACAGUGGUCAGCUCACAGCAAGAUGCCGUACUAGCCUCACAGUCCUUUGACCGGACGGUGCCGACUACCCUGCGGGCAGGGGGUGCUACAGCUCCAUACUUUUCCUCGCCUUCGGGGACACAUGAGUCGCAAUGGUACCACAUGGCAGGUACAUCAAUGGAGGCACCGCAAGUAACUUCUCACGGCUUGCACUAUGGCGUGCCCUACGGUACGCCUCUGACUCUGCAGACCAGCGAUGGUAGCCGGGACGAAGAGUCGCUUUCGGAUCUCUCUAGCGGCACGACGCCUUCGCACCCACAUUCUCCUCACACACACGAUGGAGUCAUUGGCCACCCUUCUUAUGGCAGUAGUGGCCACUCUUUGAUCACGUCACAUGAUGGUUCGACAUACACAGCCAUGCCCGGCAAGCCGUCAGCUUCCUCGUACGGCCUGCCAGGUUCUCACUCGUCUGCUACCCCUCAGCACAACCAGCUCCUCUCUCUGCAGCAUCUGCACCCUCCUCAGCCUCAACACUUUUCGCAUCAUCAGCCUCACUACCAGAGCAGCAUCGGAGCUUGGGUCAACAAUGUUCCUCCUGCGAAUGAAUUCGCCCAGCAGCCCCUCACCGCACAGGCGAUGGAAAGUCUUUCAUUAGACUCGCAGCAUUACUCCGAGAGCAGCAUGGCAGCUUGGUCGGCCGCAAAUCGGGGCGCUCAUCCUGCCUACGGCAUGGGCAAUGUGAGCAUGCGAUCACAGCCUCAACAGGGCCAAAAUCAAUUCUCGCCCCUGCAGCAGCACCAACAGGCACAAGCACAACAACAAGGUCGACGUCAACAACAACAACACCAACACCAGUUGUCAUCAACAACACACCAAGGAUACCCUGGAACACAUCACUUCCAGCAAGAACACUCCCAGAACCUCUUUGCGAUGGAGCAGAGUGGUCACCAGACCUUCUGAUGCACCAACCUGAAUGGGGAAGGCCCGCGCCUCUUUCGUAUCCGCCGGUAGGCUUUCUCCUACUACGUCACCAGCUCGACCCCAUCUUUCCACUACCUUUCCAUUUCUUCCCUUCUCUGUUGUCACUCUUGUCAUGUUCGCCCUCAGGUCUCCCUCUCUUUGUAUAUCCGGAUCUGCUGUGCAUGAAAUACCUAGCUGCCUGCCUGACCUUUCACUAGGUAUCGAUCGAGCUCUCUUUGUAGAUGGGAGGACC